AUGGCGAAGGAUGUCUCCAGUGCUUCUGAGAGCGAAGAGGAGGAGGAGGACAAGGAAUCGCUGGAUGACAAGAUGAAGCGCAUUACAAAGCUGGGAAAGGAAGGCAACGUGAAUGCCUUGGUCAAAGAGGCGAAACUGGCGGACUGUUCAGAUGACAUGAUGCGUUUCGCCUCGCAGAAAGCCAAGGAUUUGGGCAACAUGGCCUUCCAGAAACGGGAAUACGAACAAGCCCUGGAGUACUAUGCCGGCGCCUUGCUGGGGGAUGUGCUUGAGAAGCACAAGAUAUACAGCAACCGCUCGGCGUGUCUCUUCCAACUGGGCAAAUAUACGGAGGCCCUGAAGGAGGCGACGGAGGCCAUCAAGCUGAACCGCGCCUGGUCCAAGGGCUAUUUCCGCGCCGGUCGGGCGGCUCUGGAGAUGGAGUUCUAUCAAGAAGCUCUGGAGAUGUUUGAGAAGGGUCUCGAAAAAGAGCCUAGCAACAAAGAUCUGGUUGCAUGGGCUCAGAAAGCCCGAGAUAUCCGAAAUCAGCAUCAGCAGGAGAAGUUGGUGAAGAAGCACACCACAGACUACUCCAAGUUCGAUUCCCUGGUUCAGCAGCAAAAAGACGAAGAGGACGAAGAGGAGGCCGCGAACGAUCCCAACCGGAUCAUCUUGGGAGACAAGUACUACUCCUCCUCCAAGAUGGAGCAGAGACAGUUGAAAGCUAUGCUGGGCUACAAAGAACCGCCGCCGCCCCCAUUUGAGCCAAAGUUUGACAUGGAAGUCAUCUACAGGCACGACAAUCGAGGAGAGAAGACACAGCAUCCCAUUUGGGACCCAACAACCCGGGAGUGGCGCAUUGAUGCAAAACCUGCACCCAGUCGGGUGGAUUACAGCGAUUCGCAGCAAGCACAGGCCAUUGCACUCUUCCUGGAGCGUCAGAGCGAUGUGCAAUAUGCUGACGAAUUGCUGAACAUGCUGGACCAACAUGCCACGCCCAUUGAGACUUUCGUGCAGGCGGUGCGUGACGUUGUUGGUCAGUUGAUGGGUGCUACCAAUGCAGAUGGCACUCGGCAGAAGCACAACAUGUUGGGUAACGAUGCUCGUUGGCUCUUCGUUGGGAUUGGCUGCGGAUUGCCGUUGCUUACAGCUGCAAGGUAUUUGCCGACCUCCGACAUUGUGGCCAACACUGCGCACAGAGCGGCCUACAUCGCCGAUCUGUGCAUGACCAUUGCGCGAGAGAACGGCUUGAAGUCGCAACAAGUGAAGUUUGUUCAUCGACCUUCACAUGAGCUUGCGGUUGUGGACCCCGAUGGAGAAGAUGAAAACAACCUCACUGGAAGGGUCGAUGUCGUGGUGCUUGACUACGAGCUCUUUGAUCCAGGCUUCAUCGGAAAAGGAGUCCUCGCACGAGUGAAUCACGUGAAGAAGAAGCUGUGCACUACGGAUCACAUGAUCGUUCCCAUGGGUGCACAAAUCUUGUGUGCUCCAUGUGAAAUCCGUUGUCCCAGAGGAGAGGGGCCAGAUGGCUUUGAUUGGAGGGUGGUGCUUGAGACGGGGCUGGCACCCGAUCGAGCUAGCCGACCCAAUGGCAUUGAUACAGUGGUGAAGUAUCAGAUCAGGAUCCACAACAACAUGAGCUCCAGUGAUGUUGAUGUCCAGGCUGAGUUCUCGAAAUUCGUGCGCUUCGAGGAUGGAGCCGUGGUUGCGCCUGAAGAUGUGGAGAUCUUUGAGAGGAGCGGAGAUCUGGUGGGAGCCUUAUCCUUCCAUCCACCGAAUGGAGACGUGCGGUUCCCCUUGGAGGAGACAUAUUAUUGGUUUAGCUUGAGUGGGCCAUGCCCCAACAUGAAGAAUGGGGAGAAGAGCAGUUCCAACUGCAGCAAGUAUCAAAAAGGCUUGGUUCCAGAGAAGAAGAGCCAAUAUGUGGCAGGAGGUCUGUGCAAACCGAAGCUGUUUUCAAGCGACAUACCAGAUGGGACCCCAGGUUGUAGUUACUACAUCGAAAACUACACCACCAAAAACUUGGAUGAGAUCGCUGGAAUCACUCAAGAAGAUUGUGGUGGUCGCAAGUGCAGCAGUUGGUCGGAUUUCCGGCUGCAUUGCAGUAAUCAGAACUUGAGUUUCACCCAUCUAGGGGUGAAAUAUUGCAAGGAAUAUGAUUAUCCAGGAUGCAUCACCUCGUGCCAAGAUGCAGCUUGUGGCAGCGGCGAAGUUGGCAUCCCCUUCUGGACAGGGCGGUGCAAUGCCAGCCGCAACGCCCUUCGCGCCUCUCUGUUAGAGCGAGCCUUUGGGGGAUCGCAAGUGCCCAGCUUUUACGGCAGCAACCCAAGGUGUGAUCAGUACAGUCCCAUGUGUAACAAACCUGCGCCCGAUGCUGGCGUGUCCUACUGUCACCGUGAUGAUUCCGGAGUUUGUGACGCUUGUCACAUCCCUGGAACCGUGAGGGCAGUGAGUCCUCCAUCGCAGGUGGCAUGUCGGGUGGAUCUCUUCCUGAACAAAGAGCUGCCGCAGUACAAGGAUUUCCUUCCACAGUGUGACACCGAAUGUGGUGGCGAAUGCAGCACAGAAACCCCAAGUUCUGCCUGCUGUGUUUACAUUGGCAAGUGCAAAAGGACUUGGAAAGCCGAAUCCUGGGGGAGUUGCAAUGCCAGCUGUGGAAAUGGCACUCGCUUUCGACAGGUUUGGUGUCCUUUUGAAGAGAUCUUUGGUCCCUGUGACGAAAGCUCCAAGCCUGAAAAUUCCACGAAAUGUCGUGGCGAUGCCUGCCCUUGGAGCAAGGAUCAUUUCGGCAACUGGAGUCAGUGCAACAACACCUGUGGUGCUGGUAGUGAAGUGCAGGGUUUGAUCUGCGAAUGUCCAGAUCAUUGUCCUGGAAAAGAGAAGGAAUGUGCCAAGUCUCCCAAGCCAAAAGCUCCGUCACGGCCGUGCUUCAACUCUACAUCCAAAGAUGAAUUCUGCAGCAGUUGUGCAGCAGACACGCAGUGUUCUAACUGCACCAAGGGGUUUGAUUUAAAGGAUGGAACAUGUCACGGUUCCAAACGAUUGGCUUUGGUCAACUACGAACUUCGAGCGUUCAAUCUGUCAGAUGCUUGGGAUGGUUGGUUGUCUUCUGCCUUUGUCCCGGCAUUCAAGGAUACCAUCCAGAAAACCACCAAUGCCUCUUUGGAUGUCCUGAACCUUUCCUGA